UAUUUGCCAAUGAUGGAGUCAGAUUCAGUAGCAGUUAAUUUGCCAGUUGAGACGGCAUCCAGUGAUCUCCCAGAUCGUCUACCGUUUCCACCAAUCACCUAUUCUCACAUCCUUCAUUGCUCAUACCAUGACUGGCACCCAAGAUACCGCACCCUCGCGCCCAAAUCUAGGGUGAUCCCCUUGACACCUCAAUUUGUCACCUACCUCCGCUCCGAUGGCAUCGUGCUUCCCCCAGAACCGAUCCGCCCAAGAGACGACGACGACCUUGACACCUUUUCUGACUCGGGCGACGAAGCCGAAGAUCCUUCCACAGAAUGGGCUGAUAUUCACACCCAAAUCAAAGACACAAUCGCCGAAUUCGGCAAAGUGACCCCGAAAUUAAACUGGAGCGCUCCUAAAGAUGCAACCUUCAUGUCCGCCACAAACGAUACAAAAUGCGCAACACCCAAUGACGUUUACCUCCUCCUGAAAAGCAGUGACUUCAUCACCCAUGACCUCGAACACCCCUUUGACGACUGUGUUCCUGAUAACACCGAUUCUACAAAUGGAGAUGCUCCCGGAGCUCCGGUAGUCGAUUCGCCAAUCCCGGAUGUUCCCUACCAUCUCGUCCUCCGUAAAUAUGCCAACUUCAACCCGUCCCUGGAGUUCCGGUGCUUCGUUCGCAACCGAAAGUUGCUGUGCAUGUGCCAACGAGAUCUGAACUACUUUGAUUUCCUGUUCGAUAUGCGCGAUCUGUUCCGCUCGCGCAUCCAGGCGUUCUUCGACGAGAAGUUGCGCGAUACCUUCCCAGAUCCGAACUUCACAUUCGAUGUCUACGUUCCUGCGCCGCACCAGCGUGUUUGGCUUGUUGACAUUAACCCCUGGGCCCAGCGCACCGAUUCCCUAUUGUUCAGCUGGUUGGAAAUCCUGCGCAUGAAGGAUCCUAUCGGGUUUGAGGAGGAGGGAGAUGAUGAUCUCGAUGGUGGAUUUGUGAGGAUUUCCCUUCACGAUGGGAGCAUUAUGACAUCAGACGAGGUGGCCAGUGGUGUUGUUGAGGAGGUUGAGGGUGAUUCUGAAGAUGAAGAUGAAACUGUGGAAGAAGGCGAUGAUGAACUUGCUCCAUUCUUGCCCGAGGUUCGUCUUGUGAAGAAGAAUGAUCCAGAGGCUUAUCAGUUUUCUACACCCCAGUACUCGGCUCACAAAGUGCCGAAGGAUCUGGUCGAUGCCUCUCUAGCGGGACCAGGUGGCAUGAGUGAGUUUAUGGGCAAAUGGCAGGAAAUCUUGGCCAGACAGACGAUGCAGCAACAGCAAGACGAGAGCAGUGACUCGGAAUAG